AUGCUGGAUCCCAGCAGCUCUACGCGGCGACGUCUCGUACACGUCCUCACACUCGCCUCUCUGUUGUUCCCAUCAGCUACAGCUCAGACGGCAAAUACCUUCAAGUAUGUCGGUCUUUCCGGCGUGUCAGCACAACAGAUGUUUCUGGGGCGGCCGGGGAAGGUGUACAUAGUGGACAAGACAGAGCGCAACAACGCAACAGUAAAUGGUCAUCCCGCCUGGGCGACCGAAUAUGACCUCGCGACCAACACCUACCGGUCCAUGGACGUCCUCUCCAACGCGUUUUGCGCUGGCGGCACCGUCCUCGGUAACGGCACCUGGAUCAAUGUCGGCGGCAACCAAGCCAUCACGUACGGCGGCAAUACGGCGGCCAGCCAGACAGGGCAGAGUCCAUACCGGAACACAGAUGGCGGGAAGGCGGUACGCGUCCUUGAUCCGUGCGAUGAUGAGAGCUGCGAGUGGGUCGAUAACCCUGCAAUGUACAUGACGACGCGGAGGUGGUAUCCUACUGUCGAGACGCUGGAGGAUGGGUCCGCGAUCAUUAUGGGCGGAUGCGAGUGGGGUGGGUAUGUGAAUUACGCGGAUAAUCAGAACAAUCCAACCAUCGAGUACUGGCCAUCAAAAGGCACGCCCUUCACUCUCCAGUUCCUCCUUAAGACCAUGCCCGUCAACCUCUUCCCCCUCGUCUGGCUUCUCCCGUCCGGUAACCUCUUUGUCCAAGCCGAAUUUCAAGCCGAGAUAUUCGACUACAAGCGCCAGAUCGAAUACCCUCUUCCCAACAUCCCAUACGCCGUUCGUGUCUACCCCGCGAGCGCAGGCACGGCCACCUUCCCCCAAACGCCGCAGAAUAACUGGACGAUGACGAUCCUGUUCUGCGGCGGGACGAAUUUGAAGCAGGAUCAGUGGACUACUACUUGGCCCAUCUCCAAGUACCCCGCGGACAAGACGUGUGUGCGCAUCAGUCCGGAUGUAGAUACUACGUGGUACGAUGAUGACUCGCUCGAUGCGGGUCGGUCUAUGGGAAAUCUCAUCAACCUCCCGGAUGGCCGUCUUUUCCAAGUGAACGGUGCUGGUCUCGGCACGGCAGGCUACGGCAAUGACACAUGGGCGAUCGGCCAAUCUUACGCCGACAACCCGCAGUACCAGUCUUGGUAUUUCGACCCUAGCAAGCCGACGGGUCAGCGAUGGGCCAAGGCGGGCGUAUCGUCCAUUCCAAGGAUGUACCACUCGUCCGCGUCGUUGUUGCCUGAUGGCACCGUGAUCAUCUCGGGUAGUAAUCCGAAUGCUGAUUACGUCGACAAGGUCAAUGUUCCCACUGCGACCUAUGUCACCCAGUAUCAAGUCGAGAUCUUCUAUCCAGACUACCAUGACAAGCCCAAACCCAAGCCACAAGGUAUGCCUAGUACCAUCACCUACGGCGGCGACUCGUUCGACGUGACCCUCUCCCUCGUCGACCUCGCCAACAAUGCCCUCAACAUCAACCGUACAAAAGCCGUCAUCAUCCGGAGCGGGUUCAGUACGCACACUAUGAAUAUGGGUAUGAGGCACAUCGAGCUCGAGACUGCGUUCACGAGUAAUGAUGAUGGAAGCGCGACGCUGCAUGUGGCGCAGAUGGAGCCGAAUCCUGCCAUUCUUGCUCCGGGACCAGCCAUGUUUUUCAUCGUCGUCAACGGUGUCCCUUCGAAUGCGAGCUGGAUUAUGGUCGGCGAUGGGAUCAUCGGGAAGCACACACUCAGGCCUCGGAGCACACUGCCUCGCUCGACAAUCUCGGCCCAGCUCGUGGCGCAGUAUGGAGGGAGCUUUGUCGUUACCGGCGGAGGUAGCAGUACGAGCAGUGGUACUGAAAGGAGAAGCAUAUCGGGGUUGAUGGGCUGGGGAGGCUUGGUCGCCGUGCUCUUAGGUAGCUUCUGGGCUUUAUCGGUGUAG